CGCAACUGAACAGCUCGGUCGGAGCUUCGAAUGAAUGAAUGAAUGUCUGCCCAGACUGCCUGACAGACCUGGAAUCGACAACGCCAUGCUGGGCACACGGUUCACCAGGGUCCCACUACGGUCAGUUCGACACCCACGGCUCCCAGCCUCGCGCUGGCGGAGGGAGCCUCUCCUCCCAGCUCCGGCUCCGAAAUGUCAACAGCAGCGGCACUGCGCGAGCUGCCCUCCGCCGAAGCAGUCGCCCCUGCCGAGACCACCCGCUGAUCACCGCCAGCUCGCCGUGCAGCAGGAGCUCUUCACAACCUCGGUCUACUCCCCCGGCAGCCCCAUCUUCCUGCCCGCCGGUGCCCGCAUCUUCAACCGCCUCGUCGAGUUCCUCCGCCGCAAGUACGUCAAGUAUGGCUUCCAGGAAGUCAUCACCCCCACCAUCUACAAGAAGGCCCUGUGGGCAAGGUCGGGCCACCUCGAGAACUACGCCGACGACAUGUUCACCGUGACGAGCACGUCGCCCUCGCGCAACGACCCCGCCGCCGAAGAGGAGGACGAGUACGGCCUGAAACCAAUGAACUGCCCGGGCCACUGCCUCAUCUUCGCCGCCCGCCGCCACUCCUACCGCGACCUCCCCAUCCGCUAUGCCGACUUCUCCCCGCUGCAUAGGAACGAGAUUUCCGGCGCCCUGAGCGGCCUCACCCGCGUGCGCCGCUUCCACCAGGACGACGGCCACAUCUUCUGCCGCCCCUCGCAGAUCGAGGACGAGAUCCGCCGCACCCUCGACUUUGUGCGCGAGACAUAUGAGACCUUCAAGCUGGGCCCCUACAGGCUGGUCCUGUCGACGAGGCCCCAGGACCAUUACAUCGGCACCCUGGACGAGUGGGACCAGGCCGAGGGUGCGCUGAAGAGCGCGCUGGACCACGCGGGCCAGUCGUGGACCCUCAACGAGGGAGACGGCGCCUUCUACGGGCCCAAGAUCGACAUCAUCCUCAAGGACUCGGACGGGAAAGAGCACCAGACGGCGACGGUGCAGCUGGACUUCCAGCUGCCCAAGCGGUUCGAGCUGGAGUACGAGGCCCCUGCGCCUGAGCUGGAACAGAGGGGCGUGGCCUCGUCCGAUCCUGCCCAGCAGUCUGUCGUGGGCCGCGUCCGGCCCGUGAUGAUCCACAGAGCCGUGCUGGGCUCCGUAGAGCGGUUGAUGGCCCUGCUGAUCGAGCACUUCGACGGCAAGUGGCCGUUUUGGCUGAACCCCAGGCAGGUCGCCAUCAUCACUGUCAACGACACUGAGCCUGUCGUGGCUAUGGCCAGGGAGACCAUGGCCAUCCUGCUGGGCACGGCAGACAGCCGCAGUGAGCCGCUGGCGGAUGCGGUCAGCCACCCAUCACAGCUGGCGGUUGACCUGGAUGAUAGCCCGCGGAGUGUGGGCUUGAAGGUCCGCGAGGCGAAAGCCAAGGGCUACGGCGCGAUCGUCGUCAUCGGCCCCAAAAAUGUAGAGAGUGGGAGUGUAAGUGCCAACCUGUCAGGCAUACCGUCGUUGAAAGACCAGAAGGACGAUGUGCCCAUGACAGCAAUAGACCUCCUGCGCUUCCUGAAGCAGCAGGUAGACAUGUACGAGUAGGAAGAAAGUAAAAGAAAUGUCAAAUUCGUGAUACCCUCG